AUGGCUUGCAAGCAGCAGCUUCUGGCGUUCCUGGACCGUAUCGGCUGUGCUCUCAUAAUGUGCCUCGUCUCCCCGUUCUAUGUCUGCUUCCUGAUCUCAUCGGCCAGGAAAAAGGCAGCAAGCGAGAGGGAGAGAAAGGAGCUCAUGAUCCCCGUUCUGGGGCUCACUACAAAUUCCAGGAGGAGAAGGCUUUCCAUUACCCCUUCCAUGCUGGAGAAGGGCCAGUCCAGCCAAUCUGGUCCCGACAUCAAGCAAGAGAGGACUGGCUUUGGCAGGCUAUUAUCCAACCUGCCAGGGACAAGAGCCAUCCGGGUCCUUUCUUCAUCUUCCUCCUCUUCGCGGCAGGAAGAAUCUCGAUUCCUUACUCAGUUACCGCUGGAAAUUCGGCUCAUGAUAUAUCAAUAUGCGCUAUCGACGCAGCGCGCACACGUGGUCACCAUUCCGGGGAAGGUGGCUAGCGUGGCUUGCUCGGAGGGUAUACGGGAAGGCUUUGUUUGCUAUAAUGGUAAUAGACAUGAUUAUCAGUGUCCGCCUGCUCAUGUUUAUCGUCCGACGACCAGGGCUGGCUGCGUAAUCCGUGAGCUGUCUGUGGCACCAGUGAAGUUCCUCCCGAGCGCAAAGAAAGGAAUUAGCGGGGCGCUGGACUUGCUAUGCGUUUGUCGGCAAGUCUACACAGAAGCAGUCACGGUGUUAUACAAAAACAUGACCUUCCAAAUGGACCUGCUCACCCUACUGGGCUUCUCCAUCUCCAUCCCAGACCACCACCUAAAACGCAUCACAAAGCUCGAAAUCAGCGGGCCGCACCUCGACUACCUCGACUCAUACUGUUAUCUAAAUAACCUCCCCUUCUUUCGCCGAAUUCGCCGACCGGGCGCGCACCCGCCCACCCCACAUAAACUCGCAGCAGACAACAUCAACGAUAGAAGUAACGACAUCCCCACACCCACCCCGAAAUCAAUCCCCAGAUUCUACACCCCCACCCUCGAUACCUGGUCUUACAGCAGAUCCGCCUUCGGGGACUUCACCCUCUACAGCCCCCGCCCCCCCACCGGCUGGGAAGUAGCAUGCUCCGAAGUCUUGCCCCUCCUAACCUCCCUCUGCGAGCUCAAGAUAUCCCUCAAACGGCCCUCGGCCUUUAGUGAAAAAUGCAUGUCCCGCGCCACGGAGAGAUACAUGCUCCGCCCCCUGUGCCAGCUGAAGUUGCAGCUGCCGCGGCUACAUGUCUUUGAGGUGCGGGUUGAUUGGCAGGAGGGUUUGGAGGGGCAGAUGUGGAGCGAUGCGUGGGAGUGGCCGCAUGAGACGGGGGGAGGGCAGGGGCAGGAGCAGGGGCAUGACUUGGUGCGCGAUGGAGUGAUGAUGACGGCUAUGUGGAGGCCUAAUUUGUUUCUUUGGGAGGAGGUUGAGAGGGCGGAGUUGAUUCGGGACGGGAGGGAGGUGGGGAUGGAUGAGAGGUGGGAUUCGUAUCUGGCGCGGGGUGUUGAUGAGAGUGGGGAUGGAGGGGGUUUGUGGGACGGGGUGCCGUUUAAGUUGAUUAGAACGGUGUGA